CUUCUGUUUGUAUCUCCUACAGCACAGUGUCUCUAGAGCUAACUGCAACAAGAUUAUUAUGUUAUUUACGGAUGGUGGUGAAGAAAGAGCACAGGAAAUUUUCCAUAAAUAUAAUGAAGACAAAAAAGUACGUGUGUUCACAUUUUCUGUUGGUCAACAUAAUUAUGACAAAGGACCCAUACAGUGGAUGGCCUGUGAAAAUAAAGGUUAUUAUUAUGAAAUUCCAUCGAUUGGAGCCAUAAGAAUAAACACCCAGGAAUAUCUGGAUGUUUUGGGAAGACCAAUGGUUUUAGCUGGAGAGAAAGCCAAACAAGUCCAAUGGACAAAUGUCUAUCUGGAUGCUCUGGAGCUGGGCCUUGUGAUUACAGGAACUCUGCCUGUCUUCAAUCUAACAAGGGAACAAAAUGGAAAAAUAAAUCAGCUGAUUCUUGGAGUAAUGGGGGUUGAUGUCUCUUUGGAGGACAUUAAGAAACUGACACCCAGAUUUACGCUUUGUCCAAAUGGAUACUAUUUUGCAAUUGAUCCUAAUGGGUAUGUGCUACUUCAUCCAAAUCUCCAACCAAAGCAAAUUGGUGUGGGCAUACCAAAAGUUAAAUUGAGAAAAAGGAGACCCAAUGUACAGAAUCCUAAAUCCCAGGAGCCUGUUACGCUGGAUUUUCUAGAUGCUGAAUUGGAAAAUGAUAUUAAAGUUGAGAUUCGGAAAAAAAUGAUAGAUGGAGAAAGUGGAGAAAAAACAUUUGAAACACUGGUCAAGUCCCAAGAUGAGAGAUAUAUUGAUAAAGGAAACAGAACAUAUACAUGGACUGCUGUGAAUGGCACUGAUUACAGUUUGGCAUUGGUAUUACCAUCAUACAGCUUUUAUUAUAUUAAAGCCAAAAUAGAAGAAUCAAUAACUCAAGCCAAAUUGACAAUCAAAAAGGAUUCAGAAACAAUGAAGUUUGAUAAUUUUGAUGAAGCUGGCUAUACAUUUCUAGCACCAAGAGAAUACUGUAAUGAUGUAAAAAAAAUAGAAAACAACACAGAAUUUCUAUUAAAUUUCAUUGAAUUUAUUGACAGAAAUACUCCAAGCCAUCCAUCCUGUAAUACUGAUAUGGUCACUAGAGUUUUGCUGGAUGCAGGAUUUACAAAUGAACUUGCCCAGAAUUAUUGGAGUAAACUGUCUCUUAAUGGUGUUGUUGCACAAUUUGUUGUUACGGAUGGUGGAAUUACUAGAGUGUUUCCAAAAAGGGCAGGAGAAGAUUGGUUGGAAAAUGCUGAAACUUAUGAAGUCAGCUUCUAUAAACGAAGUUUAGAUAAUGACAACUAUAUUUUCACAGCUCCAUACUACAACAAAAGUGGUGCCAAUAGCUACGAGACAGGUAUUAUGGUAAGCAGGGCUGUGGAAAUAACAAUUAAUGGGAAGCUUCUGAAACCAGCAGUUGUUGGAAUAAAAAUUGACGCAAACAGAUGGAUGGAAAAUUUCACAAAAACCACAAUCAAGAGCCUGUGCAACAGUGAAAUCUGUGGCUGUGAGAGAAACAGUAUGCAUGUGGACUGUGUUAUCCUUGAUGAUGGCGGAUUUCUUUUGAUGUCAAAUCGGGAUGAAUAUACACAACAGAUUGGAAGAUUCUUUGGUGAAAUUGAUCCUGGCUUGAUGCGAAACCUGAUUAACAUGUCCCUAUAUGCCUUUAACAAGUCAUAUGACUAUCAAUCAGUCUGCGAUCCCGAAGAAGAACCAAAGCAAGGAGCUGGCCUUCGUUCUGCUUAUGUGCCUACGAUAACAGAUAUUUUGCAUCUAGGAUGGUGGGCUUCGGCAGCUGCCUGGUCUAUCUUACAGCAGCUGUUUUUGAGCUUGACUUUUCCACGUUUCCUUGAGGCAGCUGAUAUGGAAGAUGAUGAUUUCGGUGCUGCCCUGCCUAAAACAAGCUGUAUCACUGAGCAAACUCAGUAUUUCUUUGAAAAUGAUGAUAAAUCUUUUGGUGGGAUUGUAGACUGUAUAAACUGCUCCAGACUCUAUCAUGCAGAAAAGAUUUCAAACACCAAUCUAGUAUUCAUUAUUAGUGACAGCCAACUGCUGUGCCGCUCCUGUGACCCAAAACCACUGAUGCAAGCGGAGAAGCCGGAUGAAGGGCCAAAUCCUUGUGAAAUGGUCAAACAACCUAGAUACAGAAAGGGUCCUGAUGUCUGUUUUGAUGAAGCCAAACAGGAAGAUUCGGCUGACUGCGGUGGUGUCUCUGGCCUGAGUCCAUCACUGUGGUCUAUGGUAGGAAUUCAGUUGGUCCUGCUUUGGCUGUUAUCUGGCAGCAGACACUGCCAGUUAUGACCUUGCUAAACCAAAACCUGCAUAACUCAAUCAAGACCCGGCCAAAACGAUAGCCUCAGUUUCAUUUUAAAAAGGGUCAGCUAUUCAGACAGCAGCAGAACAACAGUGCUCGUGUCUGGUUAUCACUCAUUGUGAGACUCAUAAAGGCACCCACGGUGGCUGCAUGUUGGAGUGUUGGAUCCUUAAACGUGUGUGAAUGCUGCAUCAUCUAUGCCAUCCAAACAAAAUUCUGUGCUUCACUGGGGAAUCUAAGAUUAUUUUUUGUUUGUUUGUUGUUGUAAUAUUGAUGACUUCAUGUAAAAGGGCUCCCCUGACAAUAGCUUAUGUAUAUGAUUUUACUUUCUUUUAAGCUUUGGAUAUCUUGAAGAUUUAUAUUCUUUUACAUGAACAUUUAUUUAAAA